CUGGGCUGCGUUUUUAUAAUACGCUCAUUUAUUUGCAAUAUCUGGUGUUAGGAAACCCACAGCCCAGCAAUGUAUCUGUCGCUCCUCCUCAAGCUUUUGGCUGAUUUAAAUGAUUUAAGAGGAAAUUGUACAUUUCACCUGUACAGAUCUAUUACUGUUAUAUGAAAAGAGACAUCCCAUGAAUUCACGCUGUCAUUCCAAGCGCGCCUGUGCCCGUCUUCGCGUCCUCUCUGGCGCCGCGGCGCACAGCGGCAGCCGCAGCUGAGUGGAGAGAGAGGAGCGCGCGUGGAAGCGGUCUUGGGUCGACCGGAGUCAUUCCCGUCAGCCUCCGUCGGUCCUUCAGCCCGCAGAGACGUCGCUGUGUAACUGAAUGUGGCCCGACAACCGAGAGAAGAACGCAGAAGAACUGCUCAACACCCGAGAACCGUCUGAAACCGGAGCGUGACUUUUAAUGGAGAAGGGCGCAAAGACGGCGAGCUCCUCCAGCGCGGAACAACGCACGAGUGGGAUCUACGCCGCGCAGAUGUGGAUUCUUUUGGGACUGAACGUCGUCCAGUGGAGCUGAUUUUGGAUCUGAUUGUUCUGGAAGCGAACCUCGGGCAUCGCGGCAGGUCCGGAGCGCGCCGCGUCCACGGAGCGCGGCGCGGCGCGCGCCACGCACUGUGUUUGAGGGAAUCACGAAGUAAGGUAAAAGCGGGCUCAGUUAUGACGACGUUAAGGGGAGGAUUGCAAAGCCACGUAUGUUUCACGAAGGUGCCAGAAUCCGACCUGAAGGGGUUUGAAAGCUUUUGCUGCGCUCUCACAAAUCGGCACGCAAACCAAAAACAAGCAAAACGGAGCCCACGUCAGGAUUAAAACUACACGACAGCCUAAAGGAGCCGUGGUGCUGCUGCAUGCGACGAACGGCACCUUAAAUAUACGUCUCCUCAUUCGUAAACGGACUGUUGGGACUUUUUUGAACCCAGUUUUUGUCUCGGAGCGCAGUUGGCACCGGCGGAUCGUCCCGGAGACUGUGGCAUUUGCUCAAAUGGAGCUGCAGAAAUAAAAGCCAGCGUCCAGCAGCCGGGGUGGAUCUGCGUCAAUACAGGCACCAACAUAACCACACAGACACGCCUCGAGGAUCACUGAACAAAUCAGAUAAACGCAGCGCAAAACCCAUCAAUAGGAGUUAUUGAUGAGAUGGUAUAUAAGGCUAAGCCGUAGUUUAUUUGACAGCAACGAUAGGGUGCGAAACUUCCAGUGAGGGGAGGACGUCCAGCGGGAAACAAGCCCAGCGAGCGGUGGUGCUGGUUGGGAAAAGUCACGGCUGCUUCUCUCCACGCUAGAAUGUCGGUGGCUGCAGGAUUUCACCACGCGGACACUCUCGCGGGCCAAACUGCCGACGAGCUGGUUCUAAAAUAUUAAUAGGCGCCCGUGCGAGGAUGCUGGUUGUGACAAGAAGCCUAUGGACGAGCCAGUCCGUCGGAGAGCUGGUGCCCAGACAGACCACGCCGGCGCCGAGCGCCUGAACGCGUCCCCCCGAGAGGCACAGCCGCAGGCUGCGGAUGUGAUGGGGUGACGGCCGCUCCCCCGCUCAACUUUACUGGUAGCGCAACACAAACAAUGGAGCAGAAUUUCUCGACGGUGCGCGACGGCAGGCAGCUGCUCCCGGACCGGGACUCGUCCAAGCGCGUGCUGACCGGCUGCUUCCUCUCGCUCCUCAUCUUCACCACCCUGCUGGGCAACACGCUCGUGUGCGUCGCCGUCACCAAGUUCCGGCACCUGAGGUCGAAGGUCACCAACCUCUUCGUCAUCUCGCUGGCCAUCUCGGACCUGCUGGUCGCCAUCUUGGUGAUGCCGUGGAAGGCGGCCACGGAGAUCGUGGGCUUCUGGCCGUUCGGCGAGUUCUGCAACGUGUGGGUGGCGUUCGACAUCAUGUGCUCCACCGCCUCCAUCUUGAACCUGUGCGUGAUCAGCGUCGACCGCUACUGGGCCAUCUCCAGCCCGUUCCGCUACGAGCGCAAGAUGACGCCCAAGGUGGCGUGUCUGAUGAUCAGCGUGGCGUGGACGCUGUCGGUCCUCAUCUCCUUCAUCCCCGUUCAGCUCAACUGGCACAAAGCCCAGGACACCUACGCAGAGCUCAACGGAACCGACCCGGCCGAGCUCCCUCCCGACAACUGCGACGCCAGCCUUAACAGGACCUACGCCAUCUCGUCCUCCUUUAUCAGCUUCUACAUCCCCGUGGUCAUCAUGCUGGUCACCUACACCCGCAUCUACCGCAUCGCCCAGAAGCAGAUACGGAGGAUAUCGGCGCUGGAGCGGGCCGCGGAGAACGCCAAGAACCGGCACAGCAGCAUGGGGAACAGUUCCAACAUGGACAGCGAGAGCUCGUUCAAAAUGUCCUUCAAGCGAGAAACCAAAGUCCUAAAGACGCUCUCGGUCAUCAUGGGCGUGUUCGUGUGCUGCUGGUUGCCCUUCUUCAUCCUCAACUGCAUCGUCCCCUUCUGCGAGCCCAACCUGCCGGACGGCGCCGCCGACUUCGCCUGCAUCAGCUCCACCACCUUCGACGUGUUCGUGUGGUUCGGCUGGGCCAACUCCUCGCUCAACCCCAUCAUCUAUGCCUUCAACGCAGACUUCCGCAAGGCCUUCUCCAUCCUGCUGGGCUGCCACCGGCUCUGCCCGGGGAGCAACACCAUCGAGAUCGUCAGCAUUAACAACAACCAGGGCGCCCCCAGCGCCAACCCCAACAGCCAGUAUCAGCCCAAGACUCACAUCCCCAAGGAGGGAACCAAUUCCAGCGGCUACGUGAUCCCCCACAGCGUCCUGCAGGAGGAGGAGUCGCAGAAGAAGGACGGAGGGCAGGUGGAGGUGGGGGUGGGAAACAAUACCCUGGAGAUCCUGUCCCCGGCCAUCUCUGGGAACCUGGACAGCGACAACGAGGUCACGCUGGACAAGAUCAAUCCCAUAACACAGAACGGGCAGCACAAAACCGUGUCGAGCUAAGAAGAGGGGAGUUCACGAAGGCGCGUAAAAUCGCUUCCACGCGAGGAGACGGAGGGAACGGAACUCUGGACCGUCGCAGGAAAAACCCACAGAAUGUUACAAAGUAAAGGCACUUUAACCCGGAUACAACUAUCUGCAAAAUACUGUCAGCAUUUAUUGAUGAAAUUCACACAUUUGAUGAUAAAUGUUGAUAAUGUGAAUAUGAAAGCAGAACACGAGCUGUGUGCACAUGUAGAAGGUGUGCACAUCUGCAUGACUAUACUGUACAGAACUGACACUAUCCGGGGAGGAGUCGAACGCAGUAUAUACCAUGGACCGUUAGCAAAAUGUCUUGUAGGUGUUUUAUACAGUAAGUGUUUCAUGGAAACAUGGAGGGGAAAUGUGGGUAAGUUGGUUUCGGUGCAGUAUAUUUAAUCUUGCAGUUUUUUUCUUGCUAUUCGUUUUUUUGGACAACCUGUGAUGCAGUAGUAAUUUAUUUUGGUUACAGUUACCUCAUGCACCAAAGUGAGAAAUAAUCCAAACUAAAGCAGGCGUUGGGCAGAUGGAGGCGUUUAAGACAGGUUGUUGCGGUGAAUCCUCCCAUUCCCAUCUUAUUUAUCUUCACACCCCGACAUGUUCAACUGAUGUGAAAGAGAAGGGAAAGAAAGGGAGUAAAGGGAGUGGAGACGUCUCCAAAGGGGGCAGAUAAGAGGUCUUCUUCUUCUUCUCUUCUUCCUGUUGCUUCCGGUCGUCUGUCCCUCCUCACUCCUUCACCUGCUUCACAUUCGUCUCUUCUCCCACCUCAGCCUCUCCUUUGGCAGGCCUCCAUUUCGAGUCCUUACUCUGCCCACUUAGGGUGGAACUAAUGACUCUAUUUUUGGCAAACGCUGCCAGUCCAUAAUUAAAAACCAGUGUCGGCCUGUAAACUAAGAUGCCUCUGCUUGUACAGAGGAGGCCGAGCAGCAGCAGGCACAAAGCGACGCUUUAUGACCUUUUGCAAACUUGCAGAUAUCUGAUUCCGUAAGUUGCUGAUGCUGAGCACGCCGGCCGUGGAGGCGUGCGGGGCAUGAAGCGUGACAGCGGGUCCGUUUGCAGGGGUCGAGUCCAGAAGCCAUCGCAACAAAUACACAAACACAGUUUACAGUGUUGAGGCUAGUCACGGUAAUCAGCUGCACAUACGGCGGGUCGGGUUUGUUGCUAUUACGAGACCCUCAUCUCCUCUUUAUCUCAUGUUUGUGCUUAAAUCAACUCUUUGCACCAGUUUGAAUGUUACAUUAAAGGACACUAGUAGUUAAGUGUUCAAGCAAACACUCGAUAUCUUUAUUAUGAAGUAAAUGGUGUCAUCAAAAAGUGGGAGAGCAACAGACGAUGCAUGUGUGAGGUAAGAACGCCCCUGAAUGCUCUGUUUUGUACCUGAUGAGUAGAAACAGGACCCUGUUGUGUCUCUGUGCUGUUGUGUUCAUUGUUGCUGGGGAGAGAACGCUCCCCGUCAUCGAGCGCCGCGCUUCCACUGCGUGCUAUGUUUGUCCAUGUAGGCGUGAAACUGUUGAGAGAAAGGAAAAGCUGAUCCGAUAGAAAGCAAUUGGUCUUGAACGGAGCAUUUGAUUUUCCUGCUCUGGAAAAUCCAAUGCUAUCGAGAUGGCAGCAACGCGAGGGGGGUUGGAGUUAGUUGGGAUCUUUCAGCUCAAUACGUGACUCGGCCUGCGACUCAUGUCCUCUGCCUCCCUGUCCUCAGCUGCUGCCAUUUGCUGCUCCCCAGUUUAAAAAUUGAUAUUUAUGAAGUGGAAAUUGGAUUAUCCGGCUCGUAUUAUGAACUAAUUUCAUUUCCGCUGGAAUCCCAUUCCACAGUCUCAUCAUAAUGAGGCCUCUGGCCUCGACCCUCCGGCCCACGAGCUUCCCACCGUAUCGGCCCAGAAAUCCUCCGUUCCCACUCUUCACCGGUUCCUCCUAAUCCCGUUCGUGUUGGCAGACACGAGCCGACACAAACAUGCGAUAAAAUGUGAACUGCACAUAAUCUGUCAGGACUGGACAUGGAAGGGAAGCGCCUUGGGGGAGAUGUGCUUCUCCCUCCACCCCGCCUCCAUCCUCCCUUUCCCUCUGUCUCUUUCUCUUUUCUCCUGGCUGCCUCUGUCUACUUGAUGAGCGUUCCGGAUGUUAACGCAGGCUGAAUUCAUUAUUAAACAGACGGGCCUCCUGUUUCUUUUCUGUAGAGUCAAAGUGCAGAAUCAGAGCCCCACCUGACUGUUUGUUAAUAUUACUCUUAUUCUUAUUAUUUGUAUUAUUGCCAAAUUCCAGUUUUUGGCUGAAUGUGGCUGUGCUGUAGCUUACGCUGAGGUUUUGUCAGGGUUUUAUAAGCUUUUUAUGCUAAGACUUGGGUGUGGGGGUCUCCUUAGAGAUACAGUGAUUUGUUUAUUGAUCCAUUGGAAUGACCUGUUGUGUGUAUACAUUUAUAGCGUCCAGCUGAGAGCUAAAAGGAUCUCUGCUGCGUGUAAAGCCUUCACCUUGUCAGCUCGGUGAGUCAUCCUUCCAGCUGCCGCUGCUUCGAGUUUGGAGAAGGGCCACGUCAGGUCCACAAGCAAAAUACUUUGUUUGAUCCGGAGUGUUUGCGCCGCGAUGCCCCGGUUGCUCUGGGAAGCGGUAGUGACAGAACACGGUCUCGCCGUCAAUGCAGCUACAUGAUGUAUGACAACUUAAACGAAUCUGACAGCAGAGUCCCUCCCCCUCCUCCCCCUCCUCCUCCUCCUCCCCCUCUUCCUCUUCACAGGGCCUGGGAAUGUGCAGGCAUUUUAACAAUGAUGGGGUUUCACUUGGGGAGGAUGACAACAGAGUCCCUACCUCAGCUUCAAUUCAGCAAACAAAGCUUCACUUUUAAAAGUGGCAGUAUUUAGGUUUGGGAAGCAGGAUGUAGUAUUGUACAAUGAUGUUCAAAAUGUAGUCGUGAUGAACACAAGUGCUUAUUAUCUUCAGAACUUCCUUAAUGUGUGUAGCAGACUUACAGGCUGUAGGUUUUCUCCAGUGUGGGAUUUUAAUUUACAGUCACUGACUAUUUAUGUAUUUAUUUAUUUACAUGUUUCUGGUGUUCAACUCAUGAAAGUGAUGUCAAAGAUUAUAACCCUCCGAAUUAUUACAGUAUUUAGUUUACGGUUUGUACAAAACAAACAAAAAAAUGUGCCCUUCUUGUAAAAUAAUAAAGAUGUACGUAUUGUUUCUUUUUC